UGUGUGUGUGUUCAGUGUGUGUGUGUUCAGUGUGUGUGCUGUGGGCGGAGCCCCCGCGCUCCGCCCCGCUAGUCCCCCGCCAGCUGCAGCUCCCCGCCGGCAGAGCCAUGGUCUCGGGCUCGGCGGCCGGCAGCAGCAGCUCAUGUUGUCCGCUCCGAGGGAGACCUUCCCGGGUGUCACCUUCAGCGGAGCGCCGGCGGAGGCCGGGAUGGACCAGGGGGCGUGUCCUAAGGAUCUGGGCUCCUCCAAUCACCUGCGGCUACUGAUGCUCUACAUCCUGGUUCCCACCGUCAGCCUGCUGGGGGCGCUGCUGCUGCUGCUGCUGGGCCUGGCCCUGACAGGUAUUUUCGGCGGCGCCCCCCUGGACUCCAGGCUCCUCCUCUCCAACGGCAGCCAUGGUUACCAUGGCAACAGCACAGCGUCCCCCUCCAAGGCCUCGGUGAGGAGCCAGGUGGGACAGGUAGCGUACAGCCAGAGCACACCUGCUGCUCCGCCCGCCUCUCAGGCUCCGCCCACCGGGCUUCCUGAUUGGCUGGCCUCGGUGACAUCACUGAGCACCGUCGGGCCGGCCAGCAGCUCCACCCCGGCGCCGGACGCAGGUCGGUGUCAACUGGUCCUGGAGCCUCAGUGCCACAUGCUGCCCUACAAUCAGACCUGGCUGUCCUCCUCCGUCGCCGUGGUGAAGAGUUCAGAGGUCGACAUGUUGCUAAGGUUCUUCAGUUACCUCAGCAGACUCUCCUGCUACAGACACAUCCUGCUGUUCGGCUGUUCGCUGGCGCUGCCCGAGUGUCUGGAGGCCGACGGGACCAACAGCAGGAAGGUGGUUCUGCCCUGCGCGUCGUUCUGUGAGGCGGCCAGAGAAGGCUGUGAACCCGUCCUGCAGAUGUUUAACGCCUCCUGGCCCGACUUCCUGCGAUGCUCCCAGUUCAACAAGAACGUCUCGUCGCCUUCAUCGCCGUCGUCAUCGCCGUCGCCCGUGGCAACCAGCGUCCUCACGCCUCCUGCCUGUUUCUCACCCCGUCAGGUCAAGGGAAAACCCUCUGUGUGUGGCGGGAAGGACAACUUCCUGUGUGCGACUGGAAUUUGUGUCCCUCAGAAACUGGUGUGCAACGGUUACAACGACUGUGACGACUGGAGCGACGAGACACACUGCGAAUGUCCUGAUGAAGAGUUUCGGUGCAACACGGGCCGCUGCCUGAGUCCAGUUCUGGUCUGCGAUGGUUAUGACGACUGUGGAGAUCUGAGCGACGAACUGAACUGUGUGUGUGACCUGUCCCGGGAGCACCGCUGUGGGGACGGACGCUGCGUCUCCAGGGACUGGAUCUGCGACGGAGACCACGACUGCCUGGACAAAAGUGAUGAGACCAACUGCUCCUGUAGGAGCCAGGGCCUGCUGGAGUGCAGGAACGGUCAGUGUGUUCCCUCGGCUUUCCGCUGCGACGGCGAGGACGACUGCAAGGACGGCAGCGACGAAGAGCACUGCGGCCGGGAGCAGAACCCGGCCAGUUGCCUCCCCAGUCAGCCUGGCUGCAGUUCCUCCUCCUGUCCAGCGUGUGGAGCCGGUACCGUUGCCUGUGAUCCCCGGAGCAACAACUGCUCGCGCUGUGAGCCCAUCACCCUGGAGUUGUGCAUGAACCUGCCCUACAACCAGACCAGCUUCCCGAACUUCCUGGGCCACCUGUCCCAGAGAGAGAGCUCCGUGUCCUGGGAGUCGUCCCUGUUCCCGGCGCUAGUCCAGACGGGCUGCUACCAGUACCUGAUGUUCUACGCCUGCACCCUGCUGGUCCCUAAGUGUGACCCGCUCAGCCUGCAGAAGGUUCCCCCCUGCAGGUCGCUGUGCCGCAACGCCAAGGAGAAAUGUGAGUCGGUGCUCGGCAUUGUGGGUCUGCAGUGGCCUGAGGACUCCGACUGCAGCCAGUUCCCAGAGGGCGGAGGAAACUCCACCUGCCUGCUGCCGGAGGACGGAGUCGACGAGUGCUCCCCCAGCCACUUCAAGUGCCGGUCCGGCCGCUGCGUCCUGGCGACCAAGCGCUGCGAUGGACACCUGGACUGUGACGACCACAGCGACGAGGACAACUGCGGCUGCUCUGAGCGCGCUCUGUGGGAGUGUCCCGACAGCACGCUCUGCAUCAAGCCCACCAUGAUCUGUGACGGCUUCCCAGACUGCCCCCUGCAGGUGGACGAAGCCAACUGCUCCGCCUGCAGCGAUAACGAACUGGCCUGUAACAACCACCAGUGUGUUCAUCGGACCCUGUGGUGCGACGGGACCAAGCAUUGCUCUGACAGCUCUGAUGAGUGGAACUGUGUCUCUCUGUCGGAUCGGUCCGGUUCGGUUCUGACCGUGUUUAAGACGGCAGCAGAGUAUCAGGUCUGUGCCGACGAGUGGAACCCAGACCUGAGCAGACUGACCUGCAACCAGCUGGGACUAGGGGCCCCGUCCUCGGUGUCCAUGGUCCCUGACCAGCCUGGCGUACCGGGCCGGCGCCGUUGGUUACACGUCCAUCCAGAGUGGAACCUCAGAAACGGUUCUGCUCUGCAGGCCCGACUGGAGAAGAGAAGCCACGCCUGCCACUCCAGGAGGAGAGUUUCUGUCGGCUGCUCCAGACCAGAGUGCGGUCUGCGUCCGGCGCCGGCCCUCCGUCCUCACAGGAAGAAACGGAUCCUGGGGGGCCGGGUGUCGAGGCGCGGCGCGUGGCCCUGGCAGUGCUCGCUGCAGAGCGGUCAGAGCGGACACGUGUGCGGCUGCGUCCUGAUCGGCCGGCGCUGGGCUCUGACGGUGGCUCACUGCUUCGAGGGGAGGGAGAACGCGGAGCUGUGGAAGGUGGUUCUGGGCCUGACCAACCUGGACCACCCCGGCGCCCACAGUCAGACCCGCAGCGUUCGCUCCAUCGUCGUCCAUCCGCGCUACAACCGGGCCGUGGUGGACUACGACAUCAGCGUGGUGCAGCUGGACUCUGAGGUGGAGGAGACGGCCCACGUCAGGCCGGUGUGUCUGCCCCGGCCGGGUCAGCUGCCGACCCCGGACUCCUACUGCUACAUCACCGGCUGGGGUCACAUGGGCAACCGGAUGCCCUUUAAGCUCCAGGAAGGUGAGGUCCGCAUCAUCUCCAUGGCGCAGUGCCAGUCCUACUUCGACAUGAAGACUAUAACUCCCAGGAUGCUUUGUGCCGGAUAUGAGGCAGGAACCGUGGACUCCUGCAUGGGCGACAGCGGCGGCCCGCUGGUGUGCGAGGAAGACGAGGGUCUUCGCUGGACGCUCUUCGGCCUGACGUCCUGGGGCAGCGUCUGCUUCAGCAAGGUGCUGGGGCCCGGCGUGUACAGCAACGUGACCCACUUCACGGCCUGGAUCCAGCAGCAGAUCUACGUACACGGCUUCCUGUCCGACUGACGCCGACAGGAAGUGAUGUCACUGCUGGCGUCAGACCUUCUGACAGUGCCUGAAACCACAGAACCAGAACCAGAACCUCUGCAUCCGUCACACUGGACCACCUCACACACAAACAUUCAUGUUUUCAUUUCCAACCAGAUGGGUCCCAACAGUAAAUAAUGGCUGGUCCCACUUCCUUUAUUUUCAAAUUAAGAGCGUUUUCCUCAAUCUAAGCUGCAUUUCAGUCACAAAAACAUCCUGAAUGUUUUUAUUAAUUAUGUUUGUUGUGUUGAAGCUCCUGAUUCUGAAACAUUUUGUUUCCAGUUUUCAGAAAAAUUUAAGUCAAAACUAAAAUCUUUGUUUUUAUAAAUUUAAUCUGGUUUAAAGUCCAGCAUAAAUGUCUCUGUGGUGUUUAAAUAGUAAAUAAUUUAAAAAGCCUCCAUUUAGACCUGGAAGGUCUUUUAACAGGAACAUUUUCUUUUAAUAGAAAUUUUAUUUUUGUUAAGAUUAAAAAUUAUUUUUCCAGAAAAACUUAAAUGAUCAGAAACGACUUUCUGUCUCUUUCAACUUGUUCCUGAAAUUUUCUGCAUUUGAGUUUGUUUAUUGAAAUUUGACUAAUUGAAUUGAUGAACAACGUUAAUCACUGAGGACUCAACUUCCCACAAUGCUUCACUCUGUAGGGACUGUGAUCAAAGGUAAAACCAGCCUGUCAGUAAUUUGUUAAUAAUAACAGCUGAUUAAUAAAAAUCAACUGAAAUGAAAAAAACAUUUCUAAUUUAAAAAUUAUUUUCAACAUCACGUGAAUAUUUGAUCAUUUUAGCUAAUUAAGCAUCUUUGCAUAAACACAAUGGCUGAUAUUUAAACAGUUCUGAAUGAAACCGACACGCAGAAAAGUUGAAGAAAUUCUCGACAUUUACAGCUUUCCUACACAAUCAUGUUAUUACGGUUUAUCUAAAAUAUUCAUUUGAUCAAAUAAUCAAGAGCAAAAAGACAUUCAGACCUGUUUAUUAGUAACAGUAGAACAUUAUAGAUAAGGAGAAAUGUAAACAAAUCUAACAAACUAUUAAAUUAGCUAACUAUUUAAACUUUACAGCUAAAUCAUAUUUUUCUGCAUUUCAUUUAUAAAUAUAUCACUAAUAUGAAACCGUUUCUCUGUGAUGUGAAGAACAGAUGUAGCAAACUGACACCAUCUUCCUGUUUUAUAUGAAGGCUAGCUCUGUUAGCGUUAGCUCUGUUAGUGCUAGCUCUGUUAGCGUUAGCUCUGUUAAAACCAGCAGAUUGAUUUUAAUGAUAAUCAUUAAGGUUUAAUUAUUCUCACAAACAUAGAAUAAUUGAAUGAAAAUGAACACCAUGUUUAAUUUUAUCUGAGAUUGUUAGCAUUUAACUCAACUAGCUUAAUGCUAAUAGUUUGUUUUAGCAGAAAAAAGCGACAAACUCAUCUUUAAAUCUUUACAUUCUCAUUUAAAACAUCUUCAGUCAUAAAACACAUAGAAGUUAUAACAGUUUAAAACAGCACAAUUUAUUAUUUUUGGCACAAAUGAACCGUAAUAAAGGAGAUCAGUGUGUUUAUCUGACUGACACUAUGAUUCAUAACAGUUAAAAUCAUUUUUAGUUACAAAUAUUUAAAGUAUUUAUAAUAUAAAUACUUUGAUGAAGUAAAGUUUUCUGUUUGUUCUGGUAAAUAUUCAUCGUUUUGCUGAAUCCAUGUUGUAGUUUCCAGAUUUAU